AUGGUUGUCUCGGCGGUGUUGACUGCAUCCCAUGCUGGGACAUCCAACACGACAUUUGUCGUCUAUGAAAACUCCCAUGUGAAUAUGACAACAUCCCCACCGUUCCAGCAUCCCAGCCCUGCUCCGCUGAUUAGAUACAGUCUGGAAACCAUGACCAGCACUGGCUUUAGCUCCUUAGCAGUGAACAGCACAGCCAUGACCCCGACACCAGCAGUUUUUAAGAGCCUAAACGUAGCUCUCCAGAUCAUCCUUUCGGCUAUAAUGAUAUUUAUUCUGUUUGUGUCUUUUCUUGGCAACUUGGUUGUUUGCCUCAUGGUCUACCAAAAAGCUGCCAUGCGUUCUGCCAUUAACAUCCUUCUUGCCAGCCUGGCUUUUGCAGACAUGCUGCUUGCUGUGCUGAACAUGCCGUUUGCCCUGGUAACUAUUCUUACCACCAGAUGGAUAUUUGGGAAAUUCUUCUGCCGGCUGUCUGCUAUGUUUUUCUGGUUGUUUGUGAUAGAGGGGGUUGCUAUCCUGCUCAUUAUUAGCAUUGAUAGGUUUCUGAUUAUAGUCCAGAGGCAAGAUAAGCUAAAUCCAUACCGGGCUAAGGUCCUUAUUGCAGUCUCCUGGGCAACUGCUUUUUCCGUAGCUUUCCCAUUGGCUGUGGGGAAUCCUGAUUUGCAAAUCCCUUCCCGAGCCCCACAAUGCGUUUUUGGGUACACAACUAAUUCUGGAUACCAGGCUUAUGUGAUUUUGAUCUCACUCAUUUCUUUCUUUAUACCUUUCCUGGUGAUACUGUAUUCGUUUAUGGGCAUCCUCAACACCCUGCGGCACAAUGCCUUGAGGAUUCACAGCUACCCAGAAGGAAUAUGCCUCAGCCAGGCCAGCAAACUUGGUCUCAUGAGUCUGCAGAGACCCUUCCAGAUGAGCAUCGACAUGGGCUUUAAAACGCGUGCCUUCACCACCAUCUUGAUCCUCUUUGCUGUUUUCAUCGUCUGCUGGGCCCCAUUCACCACGUACAGCCUUGUGGCGACCUUCAGCAAACACUUCUACUAUCAGCACAACUUCUUUGAGAUUAGCACCUGGCUACUCUGGCUCUGCUACCUCAAGUCUGCAUUGAACCCCCUGAUAUACUACUGGAGGAUUAAGAAAUUUCAUGAUGCCUGCUUGGACAUGAUGCCCAAGUCUUUCAAGUUCCUGCCACGCCUCCCUGGUCACACAAGGCGACGGAUACGCCCCAGUGCUGUCUACGUGUGUGCGGAGCAUCGGACGGUGUUGUGA